AUGACCUCGAAUACGCUUCAUUAUACCGUGGAGAAAUCCAGUAUUUUGGGACCAGAAUGGCAAUCUUUAUAUUCGACAGCGGAACCUGUCGACUUCGAUAAAUCACAUUUCGAACAAGCUAUGCUAAAUGUGAUAAGGCAGCCUAAUGUAAACUCGACUGUUAUUCUACGUGCAGAUAUGCUUAUAGACAAUGAAUACGACUUAGAGUCUGGUUCAUGUGUGAAAUCAGAGAAGAAAGACAUCGCGUUGGGAAGCGAUGAGGGUAUAUUGAAAGUAAACAUCGAUGAUCUAGCACCGAGAUCUGUACCGAUAGCGUUGGCUGAUGUUACCACAAAGUUCCAAUUUGUUAGGAGGAUUGUUCCGAGGAAUCCAUUCAAGGAUGCUAUCAUUAAUCAGACGUGUUUGGUUAUGAAUUCCAACUCAGAUGCUUCAACCUCUUUAGUAAUUUACAUCCCACAUUUUGAUAAUGCUGAGUUAUGUCCGUUUUAUAUCCCACAAGUGGCUGCAGUAGGGAUUCUAUUGCAUGAUCACCAGCUAUCGGUGCAUUAUAUCCCUUUCGCAGGGCAAAAAGAGCUUCUUUUCGAUCCAAAACAACGGGUGGUAAGAACUGCUUUCAGGUUAUUACAAACAGCAUACAAGCAUUCGAAAGGUGUCAAAGAUGGGUAUGCGAAACGGGUAAUGCAUGACGUUGUCGUGGAUAAAGUGUUGUUCCAGGACCAGUAUAUCCAUUUGAAGAAGAAAUACUCAAAGUUCUUGGUGGAUAACUGGGCGGAAAGUACUGAUCCAAAGAAACAUGUCUUUGAAGAUAUCGCCAUUGCAGCUUUCUUGAUAGAACUGUGGAAGAAAAUAUAUGGUGCAGAGAAUACAACGAAUAAGAUGCAAUUCAGAGACUUAGGGUGCGGUAAUGGUGUGCUUUGUUACAUUUUGAUUCAAGAAGGCUUCAAAGGGUUGGGGAUCGAUGCAAGACAAAGAAAAUCUUGGUCAAUAUACCCUGCUGAAGUGAAAAGAUGUUUGAAGGAACAAGUCAUCAUUCCUUCUGUGUUGCUAAGACCUCAUCCAACGAUGAAACUACAUGCCCCACAUCUUCAACACAACGGUAGAUUUUUCCCGAUGCAACUUGUGUCACCUCAAUUAAUUGCGCCUGCCACCGUAAUGUACUCAUCUGCAGAUUUACUUCAAUCUCCUCAGGUUAACAUAGCAGAAUUCCCACCGGAUACCUUCAUCAUAGGUAACCAUAGCGAUGAACUAACCUGCUGGAUUCCCUUGCUAGGCUACCCAUUCAUGGUGAUUCCAUGCUGUUCCCAUAACCUAAGUGGGAAUAGAAUAAGAUAUGCUGUGCGCGACGUUGAGAGAGCGAAGAAACUUGGAAAUAGUACCUAUCAGGGUCUCGUGGAUAGGGUAGAAUAUCUAGCAGACAGAGUUGGGUGGAAAACUGAAAAGGAGAUGCUACGUAUUCCAAGUACAAGAAAUGCAGCUAUCAUUGGUUACAAGAACGAUAAGCUCAACGAAUUUCCUACAGAUGAAAUAUACUCGAUUUUAAUGGAAGAAGGUGGUGCGGACGGAUGGGUUGCUAAUACCAUGAACCUAAUGAAAAGUAAUCCACGAGGCCACUAA